AAUACCACGAGCCUUGUCCGACUUUGCAUUUGGUGGUACGACUCUAUCGCGAUAGAGUCUACUUUAUCAGGUCACACGAGGGUGGGGAUCAGCGUUUGCGAUACUUAUCGUCGGAUUAAGCAAUUUCUUGUCCGAUAACUGGGUGAGCUGCGAUCCUGCGUAUGACACACAGCUAUGGGAUUACUAUAUGAAUGUCACACCAAGUUUAAUACUAAUUACUUACAACACUAAUUUCUUACAACCGAUGAAGAUAAAGCUAUCAAAACAAUCCCGGGGGGUUGGACAAUUCAUGAGCUGGCUGAAAGAGAAUGAUGUUAACGUAGAUGGAGCAAGUAUAGUUGGCUUUGCAGGAUACGACUUAGGUCUAAGGGCGGAACGUGAUUUUUUAGAGAAUGAACCUAUUUUGGAAAUACCUAGGAAACUUAUAUUUAGUACUCAAACAGCUGCCCCUGAGCUAGAAAGUUUUCAACGUGAUCCAUUGAUACAACAGAUGCCACAAGUGGCGUUAGCCAUUGCUUUGCUUAUCGAAAAGUAUAAAGAAAAUUCAAAAUGGAAACCUUAUUUUGAUAUUCUUCCCACUAGUUAUAAUACAGUACUCUACAUGAAUCUGCUUGAAAUGAAGGAGCUUAAAGGCAGUCUAACAUUAGAAACUGCUUUGAAACAAGUCAGAAAUAUAACACGACAAUACACUUAUUUUAAUAGAGUCUUUCAAAAUGGAGACGAUGCAGUAUCCAACUUGCUCAGGGAUUUUUUUUCCUAUGAUGAUUAUAUUUGGGCCGUUUCUACAGUGAUGACAAGACAAAAUUUAAUUCCAAGUGAAGAUGGAUCCAGUAUGAUACAUGCUUUGAUACCAAUGUGGGAUAUGUGUAAUCAUGAAGAAGGAAGGAUAACUACAGGUUUUAAUACAACUUCUGAUUGUUGCGAAUGUUAUGCCAUGAGAGAUUUUAAAAAAGGAGAACAGAUAUUCAUCAGUUAUGGUUCAAGAACUAAUUCUGAUUUUCUAGUACAUUCAGGUUUCGUUUGUCUAGAAAAUAAAAAGGAUGGCGUUAGAUUACCUCUUGGUAUUAGUAAAUCAGAUCCACUUAGAAAAGAACGUAUUGAGCUUUUAGAAAAAUUAGGAUUACCGGCGACCGGUGACUUUUUAUUAAAGGCUGGCACCGAACCAAUUUCGGAUUCGCUUCUGGCAUUUCUUCGUGUGUUUAACAUGAGAAAAAUAGAACUUACCCAUUGGUUGAAAUCGGAUAAAGUUACUGAUUUGAAACACGUUGAUUGUGCUUUAGAUACUAUUGUCGAAGAAAACGUGAUGAAGUUUUUAUUAGACAGAUUAAAAUUGCUAAUUGCUAAAUAUCCUUCAACGAUAGAGGAGGACUUAGAGAAACUUAAUACCAGAUUACCGAAGAUGCAACGCUUGAUCGUACAAUUGAGAGUAUCCGAAAUGAAGAUUCUAUUGAAUGCACUCGAUUAUGUAGGACAAUGGUUAAAAGUCUAAAAAAUGAGAGCCGUAAUAAUGACAAUGAGAAAAUGACUAUCUUCUACUUUUGUCAUAUAAAGAAUCUCUCUCUCAUUCUCUAUCUAUCUCUCUCUUUCUCUCGAGAAUGUAAUUUUAUUUUUACAGUUACAAGUUAUUUCUAUAAUACUUCGGUGUGAUAAAAGCCGGAUAUAAGUAAGAGGAGAAAAUCUUUGCAAUAUGAUAAAACUAGGGUAAGAAAACGGAGAGAAAGUGAAAACGAGAAUCAGUGUUAAAUGCAUUUAACAAAAAGAAAAAAAUAUAUAAAAAAAAAUAAAUAAAUAAAUAAAAAAUAAAUAAAUAAAUAAAAGAAGGAUAAAGCGAGAUGCUGUAUAUGUACACGAAGAAAAAGUAAGUUUGAUUGCAAAAAUUAAUGCACGUAUAUAGAACAUACCUCGACUUUUAUUUUUCAAUGAAGAACAACGAUCGCAAAACGCUAGACUAUAUUUCAUAUUGCCUUUCGUCGACGUAUGCUGUGUUCUUAUCGGAACCAUUCUUCUCAGUGGAAUAGUAAUCGAUCGAUCGAUAGAUCGUAAUGAUCUAUUAACAACUAUGAGCUCGACAAGUUGCUGUAUUUAAUAAUAAGUGUAUCAAAAAAAAAAAAAGUGGUUAUUAUGAAUAAGCUUUUAUUUUUUUUAAAGAGAAUAUUUAAGGAAACUUAACUCAUUAUAUCAUCCAAUAUUUUAUAGCAUAGCUAUGCUAUCAUAUAGAUCUGUAAUUACAAGUACAUUGUACAUUAUAAAGAUUUUUGCGAAGGUGUUAUUACGUGACUGAGUGAUAGUACCAAGAAAAAAAAGUAACAAAAAAGAAAAUACAAAAAAUAAGAAAAUCUAACAUAACAUCUUAAAUGCUUCCUAAUUAUUAAGAUUGUAUCUCUGUGUGACAAUGCAAGAAGUUGGAGAUAUACUUAUGCAUUACGUUAAAAUGCGUAUGAUUAUACAGAAAUUAUACAUCUCUAUACAAUAUUUUAGAUGUUCUAUAAUGUAAAGAACGAAUGGAUUGAGACAAAAAAAAAAGAAUAAUAUAACGGUAUAUUAUUUUGAGAGUA